AUGGGUGACAGCGAUAGACUCGUUAAAAUGGAGAUCGAUUAUUCAUCUGUAGUUGAUCAAAAGCUUAAAGAAUGUGAUGAAUUAAUGAAAGAUGAAACAAAAUUAAACGAAGCUCUUGAUCGUUUAUUACCACUGGAAAAACAAACUCGAACUGCAGCUGAUGCUAUUUCUACUGGACGUGUUCUUGUAGCUAUUAUUAAAUACUGUUAUGCAGCAAGACAAUGGGAACAAAUGAAUGAACAUAUUAUAACAUUAUCAAAACGUCGUAGUCAAUUAAAACAAGCCAUUACGAAAAUGGUUCAAGAAGCAUAUGAACUUGUGGAAAAAACACCAGAUUUAGAUACAAAACUUAAAUUAAUUGAAACACUUCGAAAUGUUACUACGGGCAAGAUCUUUGUUGAAAAUGAACGUGCACGUUUAACAAAGAAAUUGGCUGAUAUUUAUGAAGGACAAGGUAAAACAAAAGAAGCAGCAGAAAUUUUACAAGAACUUCAAGUAGAAACUUAUGGAACUAUGGAUCGUCGUGAAAAACUUGAAUUUUUACUUGAACAAAUGCGUCUUUGUUUAGCUAAAAACGACUAUAUUCGAACACAGAUUAUAUCAAAAAAAAUCAAUAUUAAAGCGUUCGAAGACGAAAGUUCACAUGAUUUAAAAUUAAAAUAUUAUGAAUUAAUGAUUCAAAUGGAUUUACAUGAUAAAAAUUAUUUUGAUGUUUGUCAACAUUAUAAACAUUAUUAUGAAACACCACGUAUAAAACAAGAUCAAGAAAAAAUGAAACAAGCAUUAAAACAUGUUGUACUCUAUUUAACGUUAUCACCAUAUAACAAUGAACAAUCGGAUUUUUUACAUCGUUUAUUUCUUGAUAAAAAUCUUGAAGAAAUUCCCAAAUACAAAGAUUUAUUACAACGUUUUAAAACUCAAGAACUUAUUCAUUGGAAAGAUGUAUUAAAAAAUUUUGAAAAUGAACUUAAAAAUGGUACAAAAGAUGAUUUAGCAACAACUGUUUUUGCUAAAACUGAUGAUGGAAAUAAAUGUUGGGACGAUUUUAAAAUUCGUGUUGUUGAACAUAAUAUGCGCAUUAUGGCUAAAUAUUAUACACGAUUAUAUUCCGAGGUUAAAUAUCAAAAAUGGAUAUAUUCACUGCAAUUUUGUGCCAAAUUUGAAAAUCCAGGUAACAGUGAUAAAAAUAUUCAAGGUCCAGCAAAUGGUACAUUAAAAGAUAUUCAUGCAUAUGCAAAACAAAAUACUGAAAAUCUAAAUAGUCCUCAUAGUCAACAAAUAUUAAACAGUGAACCAAAAACUUGGCAAGAAUCUUUAUACAAAUAUUAUUUUCGAGCAAAUCGUUUAUAUAAACAAAUAGUUUAUUAUAGUUGGCGUUUUGCUGAAUUACAUUCACAGAAACUUGUUCUUCUUAUAAUGGUUCUUGUUUCUGUACUCAAAGUUUGUGCAUUUAAUGUAUCAUUAAUUAUUUUAACAAUACUUGGUUUAAUAUUAUUACGUCUUCGAUCAUUAAUUAGUUUAUUAACAUUAAUUAUUAGUGGUGUUUAUAUUCUUGCAUCGAUGUGUUAUCAAUUAGAAAUAGCAAAACAAGAAAUAAUUGAAAAAAAUAUUUUUGUUAGAAAUUGUUCUGAAAUUUCUCCGAAUGGAACACUUGAUUCAAAUUCUAAUGUAAUUCCUAAUGAUACAGCAAAAUGGUUUGGUCUUGAAUUAACACCAAAUAUUGAUCGAUUUAUUGGAAUGUACAUAUUGUUAACAAUUGUUUUAACACUUGAUGCAAUUGUACGAUAUCGACAAAGACAUCGUCGUUUAAAAUUAUCUGUUCAUUUUAAUGUUCAUAUUAUUGAAAAUCGUUUUCCAAUAUUAUUCGAACCAUUUGCAUUAAAAAAUCUUGAUGAUGAUACUUAUCAAUAUGAUAUUAGUAGUUAUCAACAAGCUGAUCAAGGUGUAAUUGAUUUUUUGAAAUAUUUAAUUAAUUUUGUUUUCUAUCGAUUUGGUUUGGAAAUAUGUUAUAUAACAAUAGUAAUUGUUAUUGGUGUUCGUCUUGAUAUAGUAGCUGUUUUUUAUGCAAUAUGGCUUGGCAUUUUUUUAAUUUCAAGUCGACGAUUCAUUAAACGUAUAUGGCCUAUUUAUAUUUUCUUUCAAAUUACUUCGUUUUCAGUCCAAUAUUUAAGUGCUGUUGGUGUACCACCAAUUCUUUGCUUUGAAUAUCCAUGGACAAAUGUUAACAUACAGGGUUGGUCACAAUUAAAACACUGGCUUUUUUUACCUGAUUAUGUAGAUCAACCGUUAGCAACACAAUUAAUUACUGAUUUUUUUCAAUUUUUAUUUGCUUGUCAACAAUGGCGUGUAUUUGCAUAUGAAACUAAUGAAAAAGAUCAUGUAUACAGGGAUGCUGGUGGAUCAAAUCGUGAAAUAAUCUAUGAUGAUGAUGUUUAUAAAAAUAAUCCAACAUGGGAUUUUGUAACAAAUAAACGACAUUGGCUUGAUCAUAUAAAAUAUGCUAUAUUUAUGUAUGGUGUAUGGAGUGUUUUAGCAAUUGUUUAUCUUGCUGGUACAACACGUAUUAGUUUACUUGGUCUUGGUUAUCUUAUUGCGUGUUUUUAUUUUCUUUGGUAUGGUCAAGAUUUUUUAACAAAACGAGUGACAGUUAUGCUUCGAUUCAGUUAUUAUUGGGAACAUAUUGUAACUGAACUUCGUUCUCAAGCUAAAUUAGCUAGUCAAGGUGCUGCUUUAUUUAAUGAAAUGUCAUAUAAACGAAUAGAAGAAGAUCGUGUACUUGAAGAAGAAACUGUAUCAAAAAUAACUCGAAGUUUAAAACGUAUUCAAGAACAACAAUUAAAAUUAAAUGAAUCGGAUAGUAAAAGUGCUGGAGUACUUAUGGAAACAUCUGAACAUUUUGAAGCUAUUCGAUCGGGUGAUUAUUAUAUGUUUGAAUAUGAAUCAGAAGAACCAAAAGAUGAAGGAAAAGAAGAUGAAGCUACUGUUGCUCAAGAACAGAUUUUUCAAGUUUUAGCAGCAAAUGAUAAAGAUGAAACUGUUGCUGACAUUGGUCAAAGUAAGUUUUUGUUUUUUGAAAAAGUUGAUAUUCGAUUGUCUCUUAAACAUCUGUAUUUAUUUAUUUUUCUAACAGAACCUCGGACAUCAUCUACUGUUGAAUCAGAUGUUCAAGAACAAACUACAGCAUCACAAACUGCUUCACUACCAGCAACAACAAUUGAGGUAAUGCCACUUUCACCAACUCUCGAACAAGCAACAUCCGUUGAAUCUAAAGAAGAAAAAUCUAAAACAAAACAAAAUAUAAUUUUCAUUAAAAUUCGUUUAAUUGUUUGGAUUAUUGUUGAUUAUUUAAUUAAUUUAUUUAAUAAAAACUCACGUGAUUACCGAGAAGUUUCAAAUAAAUUGGCUGAAAUGAAAUCUAAAGAUAAAGUUUUUCAACAUGAACGGAUGCGAAUGGAAACACGUACUGAUCAAAAUUCAGUACUCAACAUUGAUCAAAUGGCUGGUGGUGAUCAUUCAAAUCCAAAUGUUCAAGUUCGAAGCGUAUCUCAAUCAAGUGAUUUAAGUGAACGUUCACGUUUCUAUCGUUUAUGCGAGUCUUUAUUUUAUUUUGCAAUGUCUCGAUCUGAACUCUUAUGUUAUUCUACUAUGAUACUAAAUCAUUUAACAUCAGGUACACUGUUAUCAAUGCCACUACCAUUAUCAAUAUUUCUUUGGGCAACAUUAUCACAUCGGUCAUCACGAAAUUAUUGGAUUACUGUUUUAACUUAUACAGAAGCAAUGAUUGUAGUUAAAUAUAUAUUUCAAUUUCGAUUUUAUCCAUGGUACGCUGACGCAGCAGACGUUCGUCCAUUAUCUGCAAUAAAUAUUAUUGGAAUAAAUCGAAAAGAAAAUGCUGCUUCAGUCACUGAUUUACUUCUACUUUUAUCAUUAUUUCUUCAUCGAUCGAUUUUAAAACAACUUGGACUCUGGAAAGCCGAACAAACAACACCAACUAGUAUUAAUACUUAUUUUAUGAAACCAGUUAUAAAAUUUUAUCGUCAACUUAAACAAGCAUUAUUUGUUCGCGAUGUAUAUGCACCAAUGUUCUUUUGUGAUUUUAUUAAUAUGAUUAUUGUCAUCUUCUUUUACAGUCAAUUCGGUGAACGAAGUGGUGGAAAUGUUGUACAAACAAUACAAGAAAAUAAAGUUCCUGUAGCUUUUCUUGUUAUAUUAUUAGUUCAAUUUAUAUUAAUUAUAAUUGAUCGUGCACUUUAUUUACGUCGCAAUGUACGUGGUAAAUUCUUCUUUCAAUUAUUUCAAGUUAUAGCUGUACAUAUAUGGUUAUUUUUUGUUUUACCUGGAAUAACUCGAAUGAAAUUUCGUGAUAAUGUUGCCGCUCAAUUUUGGUACAUAUUCAAAUGUAUUUAUUUUGGUUAUUCAUCAAUACAAGUACGAUUAGGAUAUCCAAAACGUAUUGCAGGAAAUUUUCUUAUGAAGCGUUUUAAUUAUCUUAAUCAAAUAUUAUAUCGAAUUUAUUUAUUAAUUCCAUUUUUACUUGAAUUACGAACAAUUAUGGAUUGGAUAUUUACAGAUACAGCACUUGGUUUAACAAAUUGGUUACAAUUAGAAGAUAUUUAUUCAAAUAUUUAUAUACUUAAAUGUGCAAGAUGGGCAGAACAAAAAUAUCCAACAGAACGUGGCGUACCUCGAACAAAAGCAACGAAAUAUGGAAUUGGUGGUUCAUUAUUAGCUUUAUUAAUUUUAUUAAUAUGGUUUCCAUUACUCUUCUUUUCAUUCUCUUCAUCAUUUUAUCAACCAAAUCCACCGACAGAAGUUAAGGUUGAAAUUAAAUUAGGUGGUUAUUUGCCAAUUUAUCAAAUGACAGCACAAGAUACUGACUUGCGUUCAUUUACAUCUGCUGAUUCUAAUAAUUUACGUACGUUAAUCUAUUCACCAAGUUUCCAACCAGCAUUAGAAGACGCUGCUUAUGCAUUUUUACGUGAUUUUAAUCCGGAUGAUAUUCGUUGUGUAAAUUUAUUUUCAACAAGUGUUAAUCUAUGGGCAAUAAGUCAACCCAUACGUGAUAUUGUUGUAAAUAAUUUACGAUCAAAUAUUACAGUACCUGUACUAUUUUCAUAUACAAUAACACGUAAUCCGCCAAAUCGAGAUGAUUCAGAAGAUAUUACAGCAGUUGUAGCAGGUGAUACAACAGUUGAUAUUGUUGCAGACGAUCAACAAACUCGAAAUGCACUUAUUAAAAUACUUAAUGGAACUAUUGAUGCACAAACAUCAACAGAAUUUACAAUUCAGAAUUUAAUGCCACGAUUUUUACAUGUUAAACCGAAAUCAAAACCAGAGAAUAUUGAUCCGUUCAUAAAAGUUUUUCCAAUGGAAUAUUUUGCUAAUAUAACAAUGGGUGUUAAUCGAACAAGAUCAAUACCAAAUAGUACUGAAGUUUGGAUUAUUGGUUUAUAUACAACAUUUGUAAUUGUUUUUGCACGAUUGUUACGUACAAUCUUGCAAACAAGUCAAACAAUUAUGUUCAAUGAAUUGCCAAGUGUUGACCGUUUUUGGCAACUUUUACGAGAUAUUUAUUUGGUUCGAGAACAUUAUAUGUUACGUAUCGAAGAACAACUUUUUGCUAAAGUCAUCUUCUUAUAUCGUUCACCAGAAACACUGAUACGAUAUACAAAACCAAAGAUAGACUAA